CGCCAAAGUCGGUUCCUUUAUUAAUUCCGUCAACGAUCUCUAUAUCUUAGCAAUCUCCCACAAGGCGAACACUCAAGCGCAAUGGGUCGAACACUUCAGAACCGAAAGAGACGCUCUGGCAAGCCCAAGAUCAGGCAAGCUAACAAGCUUAAGCGCCCCCUCAACCCGCGGGGCAACAACAUCAUCGCCCAAAACUGGAACAAGAAGGAAACCCUCACGCAGAACUACCGCCGCCUAGGCCUCGCAGCGCGCCUCAAUGGCCCUUCCGGCGGCGAAGAGAAGACAAUCAAGCAAGUCCUGCAGGCGCGCCAGGAAGGGAAACGCCUCAAACCCGCGCUGGACCCGCUGAUGAUCGACCCGACCGCCAAGGCCGUGGUGGGCGAGGCCAAGAUCGAGAGGGACGCGGACGGCAACAUCAUCAACAUCCAGUACAUCGGCCCGGACGGCAAACCGAGGAAGAAGACGCCGCGGGAUAACCCGCUCAAUGACCCACUAGUCGAUAUGGAAUACGCGUCCGAGGAGGAGGAAGAGGACGACGACGAGGAUCCGGAGAACAAGACCGAGGUGAUCCGGCUGCUGGAAGAGGAAGCCAGCCGGCCUGUGGAGAAGAAACCGCGUCAUCAAAGCGAGCGCGAGCGGGAGUGGGUCGAGAGAUUGGUCGCGCGGCACGGGGAUAACUUUGCGGCCAUGGCGAGGGAUCGGAAGCUGAACCCGAUGCAGCAGACCGAGGCGGACAUUGCGCGGAGAAUCAGGAAGUGGCAGGCGUCGCAUUGAUAUGGGAUAAUGAACCAAGUCUCAUGAUCAUUUUCAUUUGAACCACCUCAUGCAUCUGUUUCUCGAGUUUGGACAAAGGAGUCUGGCGUUUGGGAAAGUAUCUUUUGCUAACCUCCUAGGUAGCAACAGCAUAUAAAUUUCAGCAUAUGAAAUUCCAAUACAUGUUGAACGCUGAACAGACGAGCGUCGUCCAUUUUCAUUAAACAGUAACAAGACCAACCAGUGUGGUAUCUGCGCAAUUACCAGUCGUGGUAUAUGAAUUCGACGCC